UGUUAUAAUCGGAAAAAAAGUCGGCUGCUCUUGAAAAGGCAAAACAUGGACCUGAGAGGAAGUUCUGCAUCAUUGAGCAGCGAAAAGUCGGACUCUCGUAUUCAGAGUAAAUGAUUCUGCACUUGUUGUCUGUUGACAGCAGAUUCUGUCUGUCUGUCUACGGAGGGAAGAUGGAGCUUUUACCGUUUGAUAUUUCACCUGAAAGCCCCAGAGAUUCAGACCUGCCCUUGUCAACCAAUCACAGGUCGAGCUCUGUUAAUGGCACCUGGGGACCUGAGGGAGUCACUUUCUUCGUCAUCCAGGGCCUCACUAACCUUGGCAAGACAAACAUGAUCCUUUUUGUGAUCCUGCUGUUGGGUUACAUCAUCAUCCUGGGAGGAAACAGCAUGAUCAUCUUCGUGGCGUCCACCGAUCCGAAGCUCAACUCUCCCAUGUAUUUCUUCCUCUACCACCUCUCCUUUGUGGACAUUGUCUACACCACCAGCACCAUCCCCAAAAUGCUGUCAGGCUUCGUGAGGGACGUGAACACCAUUUCCGUCUCGGGCUGCUUCCUCCAGAUGCAUUUCUUCAUUCAGCUCGGCGUUACCGCCUACGCAAUACUGACUGUCAUGGCGUAUGACCGCUACGUGGCCAUCUGCAACCCUCUGCGCUACACUGCCGUCAUGACCCGGCCCGUCCAGCUGCUCCUCAUCGCAGGAGCAUGGGGCUUCGCCCUCUUCUGCACACUGCCAGCCACCGCCAUGACCUGGAAGAAACCUUACUGUGGCCCGAACGUGGUGAGGAACGGCUGGUGCGACCUGUCGUCUGUAAGGCGGCUGGUGUGUGCUGACACAUCUGUGGAUAACAUUGUGUCGGUUUCCUUCGCCAUAUUAGCGCUACUGACCACAGGAGUCCUCAUCCUAGCCUCCUACAUCCUCAUUGGCGUGUCCAUGUCGAGGAUGGGCGUCGCUCAGAGGCUGAAGGCCUUCGGGACGUGUGCCGCCCACCUGACUGUGGUGUCCAUCUCUUACGGCUCGGCCUCGUUUGUAUACAUCUCCUACCGGGUGGGAAACUUUUCGCCGGAGGAACGUAUCGUUGUGUCGGUGCUGUUCUCCGCUCUGACUCCUUUCAUAAACCCGAUCAUCUACAGUCUGAGGAACAAGGAGCUGCGACAGUCUAUCAGAAAGACUCUGAGCAGGUUCAGUCCUGCUGCUGUGGGAACCAUAAAGGAUGUCAUCACUGUGUCCUGAGACAUCCAGAAAGAAACUGCUCUGCACAAAUCUUAUUUGUUUGUUCAGCUGUUGUUGAAUUUGCAUUGAAGGGUCACAUUAAACUAGUUAAAGUCCCCAUGAAA